AUGAGUACUGGACGUCAGAGCGUUUCAGAUUGGUUUUCCUUCCUCUUCAUUUGUUUCUCCAAAAGUGUUUGGGAAGACCGUGCUUUUUGCAGUGGUAUUAAGUAUGUACAAGGAAUUCCAUAUUUAAAUCAGGAAGAAGAAAGACAGUUAAGAGAGCAGUAUGAUGAAAAACGUUCACAGGCGAAUGGUGCAGGAGCUCUGUCCUACGUAUCUCCUAACACUUCCAAAUGUCCUGUCACGAUUCCUGAGGAUCAAAAGAAAUUUAUUGACCAAGUGGUAGAGAAAAUAGAAGAUUUAUUACAAAGUGAAGAAAACAAGAACUUGAAUUUAGAGCCAUGUACCGGGUUCCAAAGAAAACUAAUUUAUCAGACUUUGAGCUGGAAGUAUCCGAAAGGCAUUCAUGUUGAGACUUUAGAAACUGAAAAGAAGGAGCGAUACAUAGUUAUCAGCAAAGUAGACGAAGAAGAACGCAAAAGAAGAGAGCAGCAGAAACAUGCCAAAGAACAGGAGGAGCUGAAUGAUGCUGUGGGAUUUUCUAGAGUCAUUCAUGCCAUUGCUAAUUCGGGAAAACUUGUUAUUGGACACAAUAUGCUCUUGGACGUCAUGCACACAGUUCAUCAGUUCUACUGCCCUCUGCCUGCGCCGUUCUUCUACGUGGGCCGAGGCAGGCACGGUCAGGGAAGCUUCUCUUUGAAGGGUCCUCCUAUGACGCCGCCACUGCAUCAGCGGCCCCUGACCUUUGCUCUUAAUCCCAGGUGGACCAGCAGGAAUGUCUGGCCCCAUCUUGCCAGUGGGAGAGAAACCUCUACCUGA